CAAUCCUUAUCGCUAUCAGUCUGCAUGUGCUACCUAGUCUACCUACUUAUUUGUACAUACAUGGUGGUGGGGUUAUUGGGAAUCUAUCGAAACCACCGCCCAAAAGAAGGGAGCGCAAUCAACUUUGUGAAUGAAAUUCAGCUUCUCUACCCUCACACUCAUUUUCGUUGUGAGACAGUAAAGAUGAGGCUCAAGGAUGUGCACCGCCUAGAACUGCCGCCAACGGCAGACAUGCAUGUCCACUUGCGACAAGGCGAGGUUAUGAACCUUGUAACUCCCUACAUUCGAAGGGGAGGAGUAGACACUGUUUUUGUCAUGCCCAACCUGCAACCCCCCGUCACCAGUGUUGCUGCUGCUUUGGAGUACCAGUCUCAACUGCAAGCCGUCGAGCCUGGAGUCAAUUAUUUGAUGUCUCUCUAUCUUCACCCUUCUGUCACUCCUGAAGUAAUUGCUGAAGCGGCAAAGGCCGGCAUUGCAGGGGUUAAGCUGUACCCCCAGGGCGUCACUACAAACUCUGAAUCAGGCGUUGCUGGCGACUUCGUUGAGGUCUACGCGCCCACUUUCGCUGCCAUGGAGGAACACGACAUCGUAUUGAAUCUACAUGGGGAAGUACCUGGAACUGUACCAACCGAUGAUGUCUCUCUUGAGGAGCUCUUCCUUCCCACUCUAAAGAGGCUAAACGAGAAAUUUCCGAAGCUUCGCAUCAUUCUCGAGCACUGCUCCACUGCAGCAGCUGUAGAUGCAGUCCAAUCUUGUAGCCCAACAGUCGCAGGUACGAUAACGGCGCAUCACUUGUACUUGACAGGCGACAUAAGUGAGGUAGACCCGCACGCCUUUUGCAAGCCGAUCCCAAAGACGCCCACGGAUCGAGAUGCUCUCUUGAAGGCUGCCUGCAGCGGAAAUCCCAAAUUCUUCUUUGGGAGCGACAGUGCGCCCCAUCCAUUAGCUAACAAGCAAGGCAAGCCUGUGCCAGCAGGUGUUUUCACUCAGCCCUACGCGACACAGCUUGUCUUGCUAGCCCUAGAAGAAGCAACCGAAAAGGGAAUUGUUGACGAGAAGGACAUUACGCAGGAGAGAAUUGGAGGCUUUCUGAGCUUAAACGGUAGGCGGUUUUACAAGCUACCAGAGCCCUCACCUUCGGGUCCACGAAUUGUAGUAAAGAAGACAGGCGAAACUAUACCAGCAAGUAUCCGAAACACCGACGGAACACUAGAGAUCGGCAUCUCAAAAUCUGAUGCUACUGUAUUCAGCUUGUGCUGGGCUUCUGAAUAGACUGCCAUCUUGUACUCGGUAGCGACGAGAGAGAAGAAGACAAAGAAAAAGAAGAAUCAAUCACGGUGUCGCUCACCUCAAUAGAUGUCUUAGUUCUUCCUUUUAACUAUGAAGCUAAAGUAAAGCACGAAGAAGAUCGUGAACGACGUCAUUUGAUAAGGGGCCUUGCCCCACUCUGCGACCCUGACUGCAUUAGCUAGGGUGCAGUACUUCAU